AUUUUAUUAGAUUCGCAGCCUCGCGGGCUCAGGGUUAGCUGUUAUUGUCCCCAGAUGCCCCUGGCCCACGGCCGUCUUCUACCCGUGGAGCAAGACUCUGAGGACAGUACUCAGGAAGCACUUAGCUUCGGAAGGAGAGGUGAUCCGAAUGGUCCGGAUAUUGCCACCAGGCUAGGCGUUUCGGCUGCCCAGGUGCUGACCUGAAACUGAUCCACCCCUUUCUGACCAAAACUGUUCACCCACGGUGGAUUCACCCACGGUGGAAGGGACCAGGCAGCCAAAUGGAGAUGCCACCAGUCAAUCCAGUGGGAGAGAAGGACACCUCUCAACCGCAACAACAAUGGGAAAAGAACCCCCAGGAGAACCUUGAUUCAACUACCCAGAUCAAGCAGCAGUCCCCAGACCCUCCUACUGAAAUCCUUGAGCUGAGAGUGAGCCCAAAUCAAGCCAGCCAAAUUCUAGAGAAUUCUCAAGGAACUGAAAAACUGGCCGCUGGACUUCAAGGAAACUCUGCCAAGUCUCGUGGAUCAACCAAUGAGAUGCCAGAGCCCCUUCAAGCUUCUGAUCUCUGGUACUGUCCGGAUGGGAGCUUUGUUAAGAAGAUCAUAAUCCGUGGCCAUGGCUUGGACAAACCCAAGCUGGGCUCCUGCUGCCGGGUACUGGCGUUUGGGUUUCCUUUUGGGUCAGGCCUGCCAGAGGGAUGGACAGAGCUAACUAUGGGGUUAGGCCCAUGGAGGGAGGGGACUUGGGGGGAACUCAUAGAGAAAUGCUUGGAGUCCAUGUGUCAAGGUGAGGAGGCAGAGCUUCAGCUCUCUGAACACUCUGGACCUCCUUUCAGGCUCACACUGGCCUCCUUCACUCAGGGCAGGGACUCCUGGGAGCUGGAGGCCAGUGAGAAGGAGGCCUUGGCCAGGGAAGAACGUGCAAGGGGCACAGAAUUAUUUCGAGCUGGGAACCCUGAAGGGGCUGCCAGAUGCUAUGGACGGGCUCUUCGGCUGCUGCUGACUUUACCCCCACCCGGCCCUCCAGAACGAACUGUUCUUCAUGCCAAUCUGGCUGCCUGUCAGUUGCUGUUAGGGCAGCCUCAGUUGGCAGCCCAGAGCUGUGACCGAGUGCUGGAGCGGGAACCUGGCCAUUUAAAGGCCUUGUACCGAAGGGGGGUUGCCCAGGCUGCCCUUGGGAACCUUGAAAAAGCAACUGCUGACCUCAGGAAGGUGCUGGCGGUAGACCCCAAAAACCGGGCAGCCCAGGAAGAGCUGGGAAAGGUGAUCAUUCAGGGGAAGAAACAAGAUGCAGGGCUGGCUCAGGGUCUGCGCAAGAUGUUUGGCUGAUUAAAAGUUAAAUCUUAAAAGAGA